GAAACCAACUCAUCUAAAACUCAUCAUGGACCUUCUCAAGGACGCUGCUAAGAACAUUUCGUUAUAUGACGUCAAGGCGUAUGUGCGGAAGGCACAAAAUGUGGCCAUGAACUUGACCGAAAUGGAGGCAAAGGUGCGUGAAGCCACCAACAACGAACCAUGGGGUGCACCAUCAACUCUCAUGUCUCAAAUCUCCGCUGGUACUUACAAUUAUCGUGAGCGUGAAGAAAUCAUUGGAUUUAUUUUCCGUAGAUUCACCGAAAAGGCAGCCAAUGAAUGGCGUCAAAUUUACAAGGCAUUACAACUUUUAGAUUAUUUGAUCAAGAAUGGAUCUGAAAGAAUCAUUGACGAUGUUCGUGCCAAUGUAACCUUGAUCCAAAUGUUGAAAAGUUUCCAUUACAUCGAUUCCAAGGGACGUGAUCAAGGGAUCAAUGUUCGUAAUAGAGCCAAAAAUCUUAUCACUUUUUUGAAUGAUGAUGGACAAAUUAGAACUGAGCGUAAGAAGGCUCGUGCCAAUGCCAAGAAGUUUGGUGGGGUUUCACUGGCUGCCUUUGGUGGUGCUUCUUCCAUCUCCACCAAUGGCGGUGGUUACGAUGAUGGUGAUUUUACCAACAGAGUUUAUGGUGAUGGUGGAGUAUACGGGGAAAGAUUUGAUGAUCCUGCUGCCGCUUAUAGUAACGGUAAUACCGGUCAAUCCACCGGUGGCGAAUAUGAAGAAUAUGAGGCUUCUCCAGCGGCUUCAAAGCCAACCACCAGCUCUUCCAAGGUCAAUGCCAACACCUCCAAGGCUGUGCCUCAAGAACCAGACUUGUUGGCUGAUUUGAUGGACUUUGGUUCCAGUACUAGCGGUGCUGCUACUACUGCUGCUGCUUCUUCCUCCUCUGCCGGUGCUGCAGCACCAGCAGAUGACUCUGAUGACGAUUUUGACGACUUCCAAGCUGCUCCAUCUCAACCACAAAAGCCAUCCAUCAACACAUUCUCUCAACCACCACAACAACAAAACCAAUACACUCCACAACAUCAAACCUAUUCUACAGGUCCUGCUGCCCCGAAACCAAAUAACGACGCCUUCUCAUCUCUCUUUUCUUCUGCAAAGACCAAGACCAAGACUUCAACCCCAACUGCCAAGGCUGCCACCCCAUCAACUGCCCCAGCUGCUUCAGAUGACUUCUUUGGCGACUUCAACUCCAACUCUACCUCCACCACAUCCAAACCGGCCCAAUCAUCCACAAACAAUGGGAACUCUGGAGAAGUCGAUUUACUCAGCUUCUAAACAAAAAUGUAUGUUGACUUCACAUUUCCCUCUCCCUAUGAUCGGUUCGUAGUUUUUUAUAUUUACUUCGUCUCUUACAAUAAAAUGAAACAUUAACUUAGAGGUAACUUUUUAU